AUAGUUCAGAUAUUCUAGAUUUAGAUUGUAGUACUAAUCCAUUAAAAGAAUUAGAAGACUGGAAAAAUCGAACAGGAUUAUUAAUUCAAACAAACGAGGAAUUAAGGAAACUUCAACCUAGUGAAAUAUUUAAUUUCUUAAUGUACAAAACCACUGGAGCAGUUUAUCACUAUUUAAGUGCAAUGGAUAUUCCUGCAAAAACAACCCUAUAUGGAAAUGAUGCUAUAAAAACUUUUGAAAAAAUAUUAAAUGCUUUAACCUAUGAAUUUCUAGGAAGAUAUCCAAGAGAAAAAGAAACUAAUGCAACUCUGAGUAAUUAGGCUAUUUGGCACCUAACAAACUUAAGGAUCUGUAAUCUGUGUUAUUUAUAAUCAUUUAUUUGCGAAUUUAAGAUAAAUUAUUAUCAGGUUUUUCAGUCAAUAAGAAAAGACUUAGAUAAAUUAUUCUUCUCUAAACUACCUUUAAUAGUAGCACAAAAAGUAGAAAUUGUUUUCAAUGAAGCAGUUCAAAAGGAGGAAGUACCAGAUACAUUAGGAGGACGAAUUCUAACAUUACAGGAAUGGCAUAAACGAGCAUGUAAUGAAGAAAAACUAAAAAAGCAAGCAAAAAUUGACCUCUGUUGUGAGGCCUCCACCGAUAAAAUCGGAAAGUACGGAUGUAGUGAUGAACGACCAAAAAUAAAGAAAAAAUGGAGAUAUGAAAAAUACAAAAAAUUGCGAAAGAUACUGAUAACGAUGUAAUUGCACAUAUUUGCACCCCUAGUUAUUAUCCGUUUGAGGUGCAUAGUCGUGUAUUUUUGGCUUAUUUUACGCCGGGUUGUGCUACUUUGUCAUAUUUCAGCAAGGACCAGGAUACCCUACCGGACCGGCCGGUCGAACCGGAAAAACCGGAAACCGGAGGUAAACCGGCGCAAUAGGGUUUUGUACCCUUUAAUAACCUGCCGGGCGGUAUUUGCGGUUGGACCGCAUUGGGUCGAAAUUUCGGCCGGUUUAAAACCAACCCGGCGGUCCCUUCAUUUAACCCAAACGGCGCCGUUUGAUGAAAAAAAAAACGGAAUGGAAGGGAAGCAGAGACUCACAAAACCCUACCUGCCUCUCGUCUCUCUCUCCCAGCACUCAGCAGCCGCGUCGCGCCGCUCUGGUCUCCACUCUCCCCGCGUCGCCAGCAUCCCCAGCAACCCCAGCAACCGGCGAUCAACACCACCGGCGAUCAGAGAUCGUGGCCGCCACUUUCCCGCGACCCCGCCAUCACUUCCUUCUUCUUAAUCCAAGUUGCAGGUGUGGAUCUCUCUCUCUGUUCUUCUUCCCUGCACGCAGAAACAAAAUCAUUUCAACCUCAAAAUCCAUUUUAAAUCACAGAAAACUGAAAUUUGUUUGGAAACAGCGGUUUGUAACAAAUUUGGGAAGCUUGUAUUCUGUUUUUUUUUUCAAUUACUGUUCUUAUCCCUAGUCUGUGUGGACCUCGUAAUUCCCAUACCUAGUUGCAGGUGUAAUUUAUGGUUUUCUACGGCUGAAUUCUUUUUUAUGGGUUGUUAAUGUCAAGAUCAUAAGUGUAGCGCACAAAAAUCAUUCUAAUAUAAGAACAUUAAGCUUGUGGCUUUUGUACUAGUUUCUAAAAAUGUAUUUGGAUGAUUAUGAGGUUUAUUAGGUAUUGAAAUCUCGCACUUUGUUGAAUGUUACCUAAGCUUAUUUACUCUUUUACAGUUUCUCAGGCGGUAUAAUCCGGUAUUUUCCCGGUAUGGUACCCUAAUUUUGUCGGUACGGUUUUUUAACAAAAAAAUAAUUUUUUUAUUCCAAAAACGGUAUUUGCCGGUAGGAAACGGUUGAACCAUGGUUGUACCACGAUUUACCAUGCCAAAAACGAUUCCGGUUUGAUGGCCGGUACGGUUUCGUAAUCCAUGUAUUUCAGGUCCCAGACGUCGAAGGAAAGGCUUAGCACAAGUUUCGGGGCAUUCGGAAGUCAUUCGGUCGAGCUGGAGCCAAAACACGGGCACGCCUAAAUCAGAACACGGCCGUGUUCCUAGACCGUGCUUUUCCUGCCGAGACUUGAUCUGAGUUUGGCAAACACGAGUUCAAAACACGGGCAGGACUGAGAAAGAACACGGUCGUGUCCACCAAAAGCACGCCCGUGUUUUCCCCAAAAGGCUGGCCGUGUAAUUAACACUUGGCAAGGGCACGGGCGGGCUGGAGCAGAACACGGCCGUGCCCUCGACCGUGUUUUGCCCAGUGAAGCCCUUUUAAGCAGAUUUCAGCCAAAACAGAAGGGGAUUCGAGUUUUAGAGAGACAGAGCGAUUCCUAGAGAGAGAAAGCAACGAGCAAGAGUUCCCAAGUGCCCUAGCUUGAUCUUCAUCACCAUUGGAGCUUGGAAUGAGCUUGGAGAAGUGCCGAUCAACGUCCAGGAGCAGAAAUCCAUCCUUCACAGUAUGAUUUCCGCGUUUGAAUCUGCUUUUGCUUCUUUCUCCAUGGAGUAGUUCUCCCAUUCAUCUGGGUAUGGGAAACCCUAGAUUUGUAUGUUAGGUUUGAUUGUAUGAACCCAAGUACUGAUUCUAUGAUUUGAUUAUAUUCAAUUGAGGUUUGAAUGAUUGAAUGGCUUGAAUCCUGAUCAAAUUCCUGUUGUUUCUGCUUUAACCUAGAAUGAGAAUAUCUGCCUAGGUUGAUAGAGCAUCCUUGAUUGAAGGUAGGGAGUUGGUGACGUUAGUCGAGGUGCCAACUCACUAUUCUGUACCGAAUUCACUUCGGUAGUGGAGGUUUUGUUCAUUAGGGCCUCAAUCUGUUUACUCCAGUGGAGGUUAGUCGCCCUCUAGAGACUCAGAUUGAGAGGGUCUGGAGACCUUUAGUCGAGACUUCAAACUGCUUAAGAACCUUCCGCAGUAUAACUAUCAUAGAAACUAAACUUGGUAAUUGCAAUCUGGCUUAACUGCAGUCUAGGGGGAACCAUAUCCGGGUGACCUCUCUUAACCUGAAAACAACCGUUUAGUUGCUUUGCUUGUUUGUUAGUUUAGACCUGCACUAAAGUUUCAUUGCUAGA